AUGGCAAACGUAAUCUUUAUCACAGGUGGUGGGUCAGGAAUCGGUAAAGCAACGGCAGAAUUAUUCUCCGAAAAAGGAUAUAGAGUCGUAAUAGUUGGAAGAGAUGGAGAAAAGUUAAAAAGAGCAGCAAAAGAUGUUGAAGCAAAAGGUGGUGAAUGUUGGCCAAUCGCACUAGAUAUUGGAGAUGCAAAAGCUGUUCAUUCUUGUAUUGAAGAAGUGGUGAAAAAAUGGACAAAGAUUGAUGUUCUGGUCAAUAAUGCAGGUCUUGCACUUGGAUCACCAAAACCUUUUCAUGAGCAGACAAUUGAGGAUAUUCAAACAGUGAUCAAUACAAACAUUAUGGGCACCCUAAUGGUAACGCAUGCUGUACUUCAACAAAGUAUGAUGAAGCAAGACAAAGGAGGACGAGGUACGAUUAUCAAUAUUAGUAGUAUAACAGGAUUAGAAGCUCCUCCGAUGGGUGAAGCAACAUAUCAUACCAGUAAAACAGCAAUGGAAGGAUUUUCCAAUGUUUUACGUCAAGAAACGAUUGGUUCGAAUGUUCGUGUUUUGGUUGUUCGACCAGGCUUUGUUGGUGGAACGACAAACUUUCACGGUAAUCGACUUAACGAUAAAGAAGCUGAAAAGGACGUAUUCGAAGGACUUGAACCUGUUUUAGAAACUGAUGUGGCAAAAGCUGUUGAAUAUCUCGUUGAUGCGCCCGAACGUGUUUCUGUUAAGGCUAUUGAUGUCGUCCCAACGGCACAAAGAUCAUUACCAACGGUUGAUAGACAAUGGAAUGAACGUAAUUCGGUUAAACAAUGAAAGCAAUCUUCUGACGGGGCGGGCGUUCAUUGCGCCAUAAUACCGAAUCGUUUAGUAAGGCAC